AUGUUCAUGACGUUGCACGAAGAGGCUUUGAUGCCGUUGGCGCCUCUGGUCUACCCAUUGUCCCUGAUCCAUCGCGUAUUGCAAGAGCCUGGUUCCCAACCCCUCCGUAUUAUCGACUUGGGUGCCGGCACAGGCAUCGCUACGCGUCUAUUGCUACAGGAGGCUCAUAAAUAUGGUGGAAUUCAGUCACUUCUCGCGGUUGAUCCGUCCCCGGGCAUGCUUUCUCAUCUCCGAACUACCUUAUGCGACGCUAAUGAUGGGUGGGUAGCUCGAUUAACACGGCAAGGUAUUGUACCGCCUAAACUUCGUGUGGAAAUCAAACAGGGGACGUUUGAUUGUUUCGAUGGCGGACAUGACAACGAUCUCGUGGUGAUUGCUCAGGCUUGGCACUGGUGUCCCGAUUUUGAUCGCGCACUAUCCCAGAUUGCGCAAUCCCUACGACCUGGUGGGAUUUUGGCCCUGAUAUGGAACCUGGAGGACAGGGACGCAGCAACAUGGGUGGCCCAACUCCGUGAUUUGUAUGAGCAAUUUGAAGAUAAUACACCUCAAUACCGACACAUGCGCUGGCAUGCCAUGUACGACGCCCCCAGCUUUGCACGCUACUUUGAAACGCUGGAGCCCAUCCAUAUACGAUACACCCUUCCCACGGAUAUGUCUGGCGUGAUCAAUCGCAUGUUAUCCAAGUCCUACAUCACCGUACUUGACAAAGACCGUCAGGCAGACUUGAGCGCGCAGGCGGAGGCGCUACUCACCAAGCCCGAGAUGGAUCGCACUAUGCUCGAUUCAGCCCAGCAAAUAUGGGCGUAUCCUUAUCGUACUGGUAUGUGGUAA